AUGCGUCAUGUUGUUCAGAAUCAAAUCGAGCCCGAGCGCGUGGCUGCCAUCAUGUUGUCAUGGCACUCUCUUGAAUUAGUCUCGUGUAGGAAAAUGCAAACAUUAUGGGCAGGGUACGGAUACAUAUAUGAGGUCAAAGCUCGAGCUACUAAUGAUGAAGCGGCGGCCGAACUUCGAAGGAUAUGUAGUCCUGGCAUUCCUAAUAUUAAGAGCGAAGAACUAUUUCCUCUGAUCCUCAAAUACAUCGCGCCCCCGCAGGGAAAUCUGGAUUUGAAAGAUGAAGGCCAUUUACGAAAACUAAUGAGUUAUGGAGUUGAGCAAUACUUUUACAGCUCCGUCGCCCCGUUAUUAGAGGAGGACACCGCCGUAGCUCACUGUAUUGCUACGACACUAGAGUCUCAUGGGAAACCUGGCGCUGAGACGCUCCAAGGUCUAACAGCAACAAUCAUGUCUGACCUGAGACCUAAAUUUCCCAUUGCCGGGGAGAAGAGGUCAGAACUCAAUGAGAAGCAGGUCUAUGCUGCACUAGAUUGGCUCUCUAAUUUCCACGGAGCCAGUCGGAAAUUGGUGUCCAGAAAUCUGCAAGAAUACUUGCGACCCCCUCUUGAAGAAGCCGAGAGACGACGGAAUGGAGAUGACUCUGGGAAGAAGUUAUGGCUUAAUGGAGGGUAUACAUAUCUCGCCACUCGCCGUACAGAAUAUGCUGCCCUUGCCGAAGACGAGGAUUCGGAGUGGUCUACGCUCUGUACACCAGUCACUCCGGGCGGACAGUCCAUCUCCGAGAUGGUGGCUAACUUUCUAAUCCCACGUGGCCGAGAGUAUGAAACCAUCAUCCAUGGGGACGUCAAAUCCGAGAACUUGUUUACAACUGAGCCCGGUCAUAGGGUCGCAUUUUUCGAUUUUCAAUAUGUCGGUCUCGGGUUAGGUGCCUGCGAUCUCGCUAAAUUAUUUACUUGUUCAGUUCCGUUAGAAUUACUUAUAGACGAAGAGAGUAAUAUCCCCAAUGAGCUCCCGAUGAGCAAGGGCGAAGAAAUGCUCCUUGCAUACUAUCAUUCAAAAUUAACCAAUGGCUUUAAAGACGCUGAAGGACGGAAGCAGGAAUACGGCUGGAGUCUAUUUGUUCGGCAUUGGGAGACUGCGCUAGUUGACUGGUUGAGAUUCCAGGCUUCAUGGGGUUUCUGGGGCAACACGGAAUGGCUCGAGGCCAGAGUUCGAUCUAUUCUGAAGGAUCAACAGUGGAGAGAUUGGCUUCAAGAGAACCUAGACUUGAGACCUAGACUGGGGCCUGAAUAG